UCAAAAGGGGAUUUUAGGUUUUCUAUUUGAAAGAUUUAUCCAUCUUCUCCAAUUCUUACAGCAACGCUGUUCUAUCGCCGCCGUUCGCCGAGAGGUUGAAGUUUGCUGCAAUGAGGGGAAGGAGCUACACUCCGUCACCACCAAGGGGUUAUGGGAGGAGGGGUCGAAGCCCAAGCCCUAGAGGCCGAUAUGGAAGUCGUAGCAGGGACCUCCCGACCAGCCUUUUGGUUCGCAAUUUACGCCAUGAUUGCAGGCAAGAAGAUCUCAGGAGGUCAUUUGAGCCGUUCGGUCCUCUCAAAGACAUUUACUUGCCAAGGGAUUACUAUACAGGAGAUCCGCGAGGGUUUGGUUUCGUUCAGUUUGUGGAUCCUGGUGAUGCUGCUGAGGCAAAAUAUCACAUGGAUGGUUAUCUUCUUCUUGGCCGUGAGUUGACUGUCGUGUUUGCAGAAGAGAACAGGAAGAAACCGACUGAAAUGAGAGCAAGGGAGCGUGGUGGAGGAAGGAGCAACAGAUUUCGGGAUAGAAGGCGUAGUCCCCCUCGUUACUACUCUCGCUCUCCUAGGCAUUCUCGUUCUCCUCCCCCUCGACGUGGUAGAUCUCGGUCACGGAGCGGUGAUUAUUAUUCUCCUCCUCCUAGAAGACACCACCCAAGGUCUGUCUCUCCCAGGGAAGAACGAUAUGAUAGGGGGAGGUCAUACUCGCGCUCACCUGCCUACAAUGGCUCAAGGGGUCGCAGUGUAAGUCCAGCCAGAAGCAUAAGCCGCAGCCCAAGAAGGAGCAUAAGCCGCAGCCCAAGAAGAAGCAUAAGCCGCAGCCCAAGAAGUAGGAGCCCGAGCCCGAGGAGAAGCAGGAGCUACACACCUGAACCAGCCAGAAGCCGCAGCCCGCGUGAGGAGCAAUUGGAAGAUCGUUCACCAAGCCAGUGAUUGAUUCUUGACUCUUUUAAUCGUCUUCUCUAGAUUAUGGUUGUCUCUCUUGUUUCUUAUCCGAAGACAAAGUUAAGAUGAUUUGAUAAGACGAGAGUGAAUGUUGACUUCUAAUGUUUUGAUGAUUCAUGGAGUAUUUUGAUAACAUGUUACUGUUACUGUGA